UGUCCAAAGUAUGAUAGUUUGAGCCUGGUCAUUUGUGCCUCGAGUGAAUAUUCUGGAUUGAUUUAUUCUAUGAUCCAUUUGUUUGUUUUCCUGGCUGUCCACGGUAUCCUCAAAAGUCUCCUUUCCCUCUAGGUGCAAUUGCACAGUAAUUUCCAAGCCCAAUCCCAACCACUGUGCCGCCUAGAGCGAGCGCACAGAAAAGCAGCAAAACCCUCGCUCUCUUUUUCCGUAUGGCGCAGCAGCGAGCUACAGCCCGACCAGAGAACGCCCCCACCUCCCAACGGCUGCAAUCUGCACCGCCCAGAGAAACGACCAAGCGCGAGCGAACGGGUAGAAGCAGUAGCAGCAGCUCCUCGUCGUGCCUGCCUGGAGAACCAGCAGCGACGGCAGCAUAGAGAGCAAAGAGCCGGUCUUCACUCUCUGGGAGACCCAACAGUUCGGAUUGAGCCCACUGUGGAGUGCCCCCCUCCCAAAACCAAGAACAACAGCCGAACAACAACCUAGAACCAGCCUUGCUCCAGGCUUCAUCCCUCUUUGUGGAGUGGACAAGGGAGGGAAACAGCGCCUCUGUCUCCUUAAGGACGCCGCCUCUUCUGCAAGCGGCGCCACUCCGCCUAACUCCUUACGCCACGACUGCCCUGCCUCCUUCUCCCCACCUCUAAAGGGCUGGUAACUCCCCUUAGCCCCGGACGCCCCUCCCAAGCGCCCUGACGUCUGGCUUUGAGGCGGGGCGAAUUCAGGGUGACGGGUCGGUGGGAACAGGUACCGAAGUUUUGCGGGAUGGUGGCAGUUCCCUGGCCGGAGCUGGCCGAGGAAGCAGGGAAGCCGAGCGGCCGCUAUACGCCUAGCUGAGACGCAGGUGUCUGGGAAGAAUGCUGCGCGCAAUGGAGCUGCUCGCCGCGGGAGACUAGCCCGACGGUCAGCCUUCCGAAUCCCGCUGCCGCCGCGUUCUGGAGCGCACAGCGGCGGGAGAUUCCGUGGGGGGUGCGUCCUAGAGCUCUGGCCGCUGGGCGUUCUGGGACGACGAUGAGGCGGGCCCUCCUGCCGCUUCUCGUGACUUGUGGCUUGCUGGGGAUGCAGCCCCAGCGGGGCCAGGGCCAGGAGCCUCAAACCCCCGACUGGAGGAUGACGCUGAAGACCAUCAGGAACGGCGUUCACAAGAUAGACACUUACCUGAAUGCUGCUCUGGAUCUCCUGGGAGGAGAGGAUGGCCUCUGCCAGUACAAAUGCAGUGAUGGAUACAAGCCUUUUCCUCGCUAUGACUAUAAACCUUCACCACCCAAUGGAUGUGGAUCUCCUCUUUUUGGAGUUCAAUUUGACAUUGGCAUUCCUUCAAUGACAAAAUGCUGCAAUCAACAUGACAGAUGUUACGAUACCUGUGGCAACAAAAAAAAUGACUGUGAUGAGCAAUUUCAGUAUUGCCUUUCUAAAAUCUGUAGAGAUGUACAGAAGACAUUAGGAAUACCAGAAAGUGUACAAGCAUGUGAAUCAACAGUUCAACUCCUGUUUGAUGCAGUCAUACAUUUAGGAUGCAAGCCAUACCUUGAUAGCCAAAGAGCUGCAUGUAUGUGUCAGUAUGAAGACAAAAGAGACCUUUAAAGAAGCUUAAGAUCAAUCUUUGCAGUGAAAGCCACGUGUCAUUCUCCCUUUUGUUGUUUGUUACAAAGCUGUUCAAAUCAUGUUGAACACUAAAUUAUCUCCUCUAGCUGUCAAAUACUAAGCUGGACUACUUUUCUGUAGAAGACACUAUUUUGUAUAGAUGACACUAUAUUUUAUGUAGCACUUCUUCCCUUUGUCACCUCUGUCGACAUACUUAAUCGUUGAGUAUAUUCUGCACACAUCUUUUAAGCUGAAAUUGAUAAUUUGGGAACUGGCCUUAGCAUGGUGACUAUAGAUCCAUGCCUCUCUAAACUAUAUAUUUUUUUAAAUGCUUGGUGAUGAAGGAGAUGAAUCUCCCUAAAUAUUGCAUAGGGGGGAAAGUAGGUCAAACUUUGGUCUUACCAACAUCCAGUGUGUCUUCAGUGCCUUGUCUUACUGAUGAAAAGGAAAAUGCCUUAAAGGUUUUGGGGUUGUGUUUGCAAUUUUAUGUUGUUGUUAAAAUGGAUAAUUACUUUGAAUCAGUUAUUUUUGUACUUUAAUACAAAACUACUGAUAGUUUUCUAUUAAAUAUUUAGUAGUAUUUUCUACUGAAAUAGAGCUGAAGAUCUUUAUGUCCAAAAAUUUCCUAUAAAGAUACUCUAUCUUAAGUGCCUAUGAGAUUUUAAAACCACAUUUGAUAUACUUCUUAAAAGUUGUACUUUGUAAAACUUCAACAGUUUAUUUGUUGCCAUUCUAGGACGUAUCGAGUUUGAUAUGUCAAGAAGAUAACAGAGCUGUUUUUUAAACUCUCCAAGAAUGUUUUAAUAUAUAUUUUAGAGACAAAUAUAUUUUUAGUCAACAGUUUUAGACCCACACAUGCACACCUUUAUUAAGAUGUCUUAAUAAAGUGAAACAUUUGACUAUCAUAGCCUUUAUUCUGUGCUGUUUCAAGACUAAAUUAUGAAGGCUUAUAUGCUGUAUGGUAUUGCUUUAACAAUUGUAAUGAUGAUUUUUUUAAAAAUAAUUUAUAUCCCUGCAUUCUCUAUUUGACCUUUUAAAUUGAAAUGUUUACUCUAAAAGUCACAUACUCUUAUUUUCUCUUCUGUUUUUUUUUUUAAAUGAAGCUCUUUCUAAGAAACAGCAGCCUUGAUCCAGCUAAAGUGAAUCAAAACUAAUUCCAACUAAAAGACUGUGUGGGACUUGAUUCAUCACAGCUAACUUCUUUGUAAAUAGAACUUAGGCUAAACAUUUAAAUGUAGAGUAAACCCCAUUAAGCAUAGUGACUGACAUUCUGUACAAUCCCCCACAGGUAUCUUUAGCACCUUGGGAGCACCUGUCUUUUCUUUAAAAUAAAAUAAAAAAGAUUGACAUAAUUGUGCAAGAGCGCUCUUGUGCAAAUGCUGGAAUUGUGCUAACAAAAUUGUGUGAUGUACUGCCAUUGGAAAUAAUGACCAUAUAUCAUGCAAUUGUGUACAGGAGCGCAGUUGCAUUGACACACUUAAAGAACACACCAGAAGCUCCUGUGGUGUUAACAACAGAUGGAACUUACUUUUAAUGCUGCUUAUCACUUAACCAAAGGAAGCUGGAUCAGGGCAUAUAGGUUUUUAUGUAUUGUCAUGCGGCAUCAGGUUUUAUCAAACUUUCCCACCCCCAAGGUGUUUAAUCUUUUUUUGUGUGAAUCCAUGUUAAUAUUAGAUAUUAAAUAUUAAAUUAAAUGUGAUAAAAAUAAAUAUUACAUACUGAGCCUGAUUCUCCCUCAAGAAUCUGAACACACAAGCACUACAAGCUGUUGAAUGAAAUUACUUGAAAAGUGGUCUGUCAGAUUUUCUUUUGGGACCUUUAUUGAUGAAGUAUAAGGGAAUGUUUUUAUGUUUUGUUUUUAUAACUGAAAAUGUGUGCAGCAGUAGAACUGUAUCAGUUUGGUGUUAGGAGAGAAGAAAAUAAAACCCAGAACUAAGUCUG